AUGUUUGCGCCUGCGACUCAACCGCAACAUCAGAAGCAAUCGGAGCAUGUUUCUUCUGCUGACGAAGAAGCUUUGAAGUGGAACACCGAUUGCGUUUACUUUCUCGCGUCUCCUUUAACCUGCAAGAAGGGAGCUGAGUGUGAGUAUCGCCACAGUGAGUAUGCGCGUAUGAACCCGAGGGAUUGCUACUAUUGGUUAAGUGGAAACUGCAUGAAUCCGAAAUGUGGAUUUAGGCAUCCUCCUUUGGAAGGAUUGUUGGGAAAUCAAGGAGGUGCUACUCCUGCGGGUUCUGUACAGCCUCCACACGCAGCUGCUCAUCCCGGUGUUGCUAAACAGCCGGUUCCAUGUGUUUUCUUUCAAAAGGGUAUUUGUGUGAAAGGUGAUAUGUGUUCGUUUAUGCACACACCGAAUCCUGCUGGUUUUAAGAAACAGCAUCCCUUAGAAGCUAAGCCUGCUGCAGAUACUCAGUUUUCCAAAAAGCCAGUUGAAAAUUACACUGGGGAGAAGAAAUUGCCUGAUGCUAAUCUUUCAAAGUCUGUUAAAGCUCAUGUUGAUGUAUCGGUUGCACCUAGAGUCACAUCUGCUGGCCUUAGGGAUACUAGAGUCGUAGAGGGAUAUGUUCCAAAACAUGUCGGUUAUGAGCCUGUUGUGCAGAAAAAGGUUGCUCCUUCUUUUACUGAUCGAGAACUGUUUCUUCAGAAAUAUGGAUCUGAUGAUAAUAAUAGUUUCCACAAUGGUAAGGACGCAGAUGACGUCUUAAGAGAGUCGUCUCCUGGGUUUGAUGUUCUUGUGGAUAACGACGCUAGAGACUCUGAGUAUUAUCAUGCUGAAGAUCAAUAUGGACGGAGAAGUCAGGAGGGAGGGAACUCUGUGAAUGAGUAUGACCCUGAUUUCAGUGCAAUAGCUGAUGGACAUGGAGAAACAUUCCGUGAUCACCGUUUUGAUCAGAGGGAAGAAAGGUACCCAUGGGGUCACCGUCGAGUUUCUUCUGAGAGAGGAGAUCGUUCGGAAAGAAGGGUUUAUGCGGAAGAUGAAAGAUCAGAGAACAUACUGGCAUCAGAUCUGAGAAAUCGCUUGGGUAAGCAGAGGAAAGCUAAUGGUAUGAGAUCAGUAGGAAGCCAUGACUAUGUUGCACCCGACUCUUCAUUGGAAAGAGGAUAUAGAGAUUCUCGUAGGGAUACACCGAGGGAUAGCUCCAUUAGCAGCAGCCGUCUUCAAGGUAGAAUUAAGCUUCGUGAGAGGAGCAAUGGCGACGAGGCUCACUUUGAUAGGAGAACUGAGAGAGGAAGGGACAGAAGCGACUUAUCUCAAGGUAGACUCCGAGAUAGAAUUAAGGGUAGGAUAGAGGAAAACCAUAGUGGUAAUCAGGAAAGAGGUCUCCGAGCUCCGUGGGUAAGAAGAAGAGAAAUGGAAAACGAAAGAAAAUCAGUUAUUUCAGCUCCUAAAAGCAUUGCAGAAACCAAAAGCAGAAGAGAGGAAAGUAAGACAGAGCCAUCUCUCGGGAAGCGGAAAAGCUUGGAGGAAGAUCGUCAUCAUCAUAGGCGAUCGGGAGAUUCAUUUGCAGCUCCAUUGCCUUUGAGUGAGAUUCUCAAGAGAAAAAGAGCGGCUGCAUCUGGUGGUAGCAGCAACAACAACAAGGACGAGACACCUCAAGAAGCAAUAUCAAAGGAUGAAGCUGGAGAUGAGAUCAAACUCACAGUAGAAGAGAAAACCGAGGUUGUCUCUGAACCCAAACCAACCCACAAAGCUGACCAACCAGAAGAAGAAACGAUUAUGGAGGAAGAAGUGAUUGGGGAAGAAGGAGAGCAAGUGUAUGGAGAGGAACAAGCUUACGAAGGCGAUGAGCUAAACGGAGAGUACUAUUACGAAGAAGGAUAUGAAGAAAACGGAGAAUACACGUAUGAGGAAGGCGAAGAAGUUGUUUACGUGGCUGAGGAAGGUGAAGAAGAAGCAACAGAAGCUGCGGGUGAAGAAGACGUUGAGAAGAAGAGUGUUGAGAUGUUGUCAUAA